AUGGCUUCCCUUCGACUACGACGGACACCAGCGCUGGGCUCCGGCCUUGCCAUGCCCAAGGUGAGCCGUUCGCUACAAGCUCGCUGCUUCAGUGCCCUCAAACCCCAAUCCACCUACCUUCAGCCGCGGCUGUAUAGCCCGCGACCUGUUGCUCUCCCUACGCAUGCCAGCCUUUCUCGCUACCAGCAAUUUAGCACUUCUCCGGCUCAAUAUGAGGAAGUUGUUAUCAAGGUUCCCCAGAUGGCCGAAUCUAUCUCAGAAGGUACCUUAAGCACUUUCUCAAAACAGGUUGGCGAUUCUGUGGACCAGGAUGAAGAAGUUGCUUCCAUUGAAACAGACAAGAUUGACGUUUCUGUCAAUGCGCCUUCUGCCGGUAAGAUAACGGAGCUGCUGGUCAACGAAGGCGAUACCGUCACCGUGGGUCAAGAGAUUGCGAAAAUGGAGACCGGUGCUGGUGGUGACUCGGGACCUAAAGAGGCCAAAGAGGAGCCAAAAGAACCUGCCUCAAAAGAUCAACCUACCAGCUCACAACCAGAGGAGUCCAAGGAGAAGGAGCCUAAAAAAGAGGAACCUAAGAAGGACGAGCCUUCGCCGCCUCCCCAGAAAGAAGAGAAGACUGCUCCUCCAAAGGAGGAGAAGAAGGCUGCGCCACCAAAGGAUGCAAAGAAGUCCGAGGAGCCCAAGGGAAUUGACUCGCCCUUCGGCAAGGGCAGCAGGAACGAAAAUAGAGUGAAAAUGAACCGGAUGCGCUUGAGAAUCGCGGAACGUCUGAAGCAAUCUCAGAACACUGCUGCAUCCUUGACCACCUUCAACGAAGUCGACAUGUCCAAUAUCAUGGAGUUCCGGAAAAAGUACAAGGAUGAAAUCCUGAAGAACACGGGGGUCAAGCUGGGUUUCAUGAGUGCUUUCGGCAAAGCCAGUAUCCUCGCCAUGAAGGAUAUUCCUACGGUCAAUGCUUCGAUUGAAGGCCCCGGAGGUGGUGACACGAUUGUCUACAGGGACUACGUGGAUAUCAGUGUCGCUGUUGCUACUCCAAAGGGGUUGGUAACACCUGUUGUGCGCAACGCCGAGAGCAUGGAAAUGGUCGACAUUGAGAAAGCCAUUGCAGAUCUUGGCAAGAAGGCACGGGAUGGUAAACUCUCUAUUGAAGACAUGGCUGGUGGCACCUUCACCAUCUCCAACGGUGGUGUCUUUGGGUCAAUGAUGGGUACUCCCAUCAUCAACCUGCCACAGACCGCAGUGCUCGGUCUACAUGCGAUCAAGGAGAGACCGGUGGUUGUGGAUGGAAAGAUUGAGAUCAGACCUAUGAUGUACCUCGCACUUACGUACGAUCACCGCUUGCUUGAUGGCAGGGAAGCGGUCACUUUCUUGGUCAAGGUCAAGGAAUACAUAGAAGACCCACGCAAGAUGCUGCUUGCAUAG